GAGACAUUACAUUCUGCUGCACACCUUUAAUUUGUUUAGAGACGCUGGCGACCAUAAGGAUUGGUAUGGCUAGCUGGCGAGGUGGUACCGUAAGCCAAGGAUGGCAGGGAAGCGAUGGAGAAGAUGUGAGUUGGAGAGGCAGAAAUAGAGGCUCAAGAGGUACUGGAAGACAAAGUUCUCAUAGAACCUCUGGUUCACAUGGUCGCGGUCGCGGCAUUGGUGAAAGGGGUCUUGGUAAUCCCAAUCGAUCGGAUGAAACAUGCCGGAACUUUCAAAAAACAGGCAAUUGCUCACGUGGAUCACGAUGCAGAUUUUCCCACGAAGUCUCAAACGCUGAUGGGGUGCUCCAGCAACCUCGUUCAAGAACCGAGGAGACACCUGACCAACGGGAAGCUAGAAACGCUUAUUCUAGUUGGAAACACCUCAUCAAGUCCCGCCCUAGAUCCAACGACAUCCGGACGAUAGAAAUAUUGUGGGAGGGUGCACUUAAUAUUCUGGAUGGCGAAGACCGAGACCAUAAGCAGAUGGUCCCUCAAGAUCUAGAAAAUGACGAAUUUUUUGGUCGCGAACACAUUCGAGUCCUUCUGGAGAUGAUGACUCAUACUAAUGGCGCAGGAACAUAUGUUAAACUUGUGCAGCCGUUCCUGGAUGUCAUGACACAUCAGGCAUUAUUGGACUGCUUGUCUAUCGACACUUGUGUGGGGAAUCUCUACAACUUUAUCAGUGGCAGUAAUGGAUCUCGUGCGAUUCCAUUCUUCCAAAAUCUAAUUUCCAAUCUGCUGGAGAUACAUUAUUUAUCCAACAAAGCUUCCACUGAUAGCAUAGAAAGGACUUUGAUAGCAAUUUCUACUUGCCUUCGAGAACUUCUUAGACGAGAACGACAUGCCUUAUUUCAUGAUGACCUCCCCAAUGUCGUGGCGUCACUUGAGAAUUCCGUGGCUAUCAUUGGUGUCGAUCGAAACUCGGCAGCUUUUGCCAUAAUUCCAUCUCGCAUUCAAGAAAUUCAGGGCAUGAUAGCCCGAGCUAAAGGACUCCUUCAUCAAGAAGAUCAGCAACAAGUUGAUGGUGUCUCUACUGCAGUCGUAUCGACAUAUCCCCGAGAGAUAACUCUACCUCAAGGAAGACAUGACAACGACCAUAUGGAUAUCACAAGUAUCAGGAUUUUGCCGACUGAGGGCGAGAUUCGUAGCGAAGCUGUCGAAUUCCUCCCUUCAACGGAUGUCGAUCAGCCUCAUUUCAUAGCGGAUCCUGCAGCGAGACUUUUAGACACACACUUUCGAUUGUUAAGGCAUGAUGUUUUUGGUGAACUGAAAUCUGUUCUCGGUGGUCUUAUCCUUUCCAUCGAAGCGGAGCCGUCGCUACUGGAAGAUUCGAGGCUCAAUUUUGCAAAUGUUAGAGCGCACUCUUAUGCAAAAGCACAAGUAGCCGACAUUGCCUUCAAGCAUCGACGAGGUCUAGAGGUCCAAAUUUCAUUCUCUAAUCCUCCACAAUUGGCCAGAAAAUCUGAAAAGGAGAGGGGAAAGUGGUGGGAAAUGUCGAAACGGCUCACUGAAGGCGUUUUACUGUGUUUACUCUCAUUUAACGGAACGAAAUGCACCCCAAUAUUUUUGACUGUUACAAGAAAGUCUCCGCACUUCGACUUGGACCACAGCUUGGUUUUAAACAAACCACGAUCGAUUGUUACUGCGAAGCUUGCUACUCGGAGCUUUAAUGAUCUUGAGAGCCUGACACUGUUGAACUCGAGCUCAGCCACAGGAAUUCUGGUAGAACUUCCUAGUGUAAUUCUCGCCACUUUCACGCCUAUUCUUGAGAACCUCCAAGACAUGCAAAGACUGAAUCGAUUGCCUUUUCGUCAAUGGAUUUUACCUGACCGUCGACAGCUUGGAAGUUCAGCUACCCUGAAUAUACCACCCCCAUUAUAUGCCCGUGGAUCAAGAUUUGCGUAUUCGCUGGACUCGAUACUCCAAGAUAGUUCAGGAGGUAAUUUGCUAAUCAAACCUUCAGAAUCCUCAUUCGAUGAUGCCGGACUUAUUGAUCAAAUUGAACAACGAACUGAACUUGAUCGUGGGCAAAGUGAAGCAUUACUUGCUGCUCUAUUACGAGAGUUCUGUCACAUUCAGGGACCUCCAGGUACAGGAAAGUCUUUUCUAGGCGUAAAGCUUGUCAAAGUCUUGUUAUCAUGCCAGACGGCGAGACUUGGUCCCAUAAUCAUCGUUUGUUACACGAACCAUGCUCUUGACCAGUUUCUUGAACACUUGGUAGAAUCCGGCAUUGAGAAAGUGAUUCGGAUAGGUGGACAAAGUAAAUCGAAGAUCCUAGAUGGAAAAAAUCUUCGAGUAGUCUCUCAAGGUGAGACUACAACCAAGCCCGAAGGUAAUACGCUUAGAGCAAAUCACUCGGCAUUAGAAAAUGAAGAACGAUAUGUAGAAAAACUUCUUCGACAAUUGAACGGACUUGGAGAUUUUCCAAAUUGGAGAUCGUUAAAGGACUAUAUCGCUCAACGCCAUUAUAAGAUCUACCAACAAUUCGACAGGUUCGAUGAGGAAGGCUUUGAAAUGGUUGGUGAAGAGCCUUUCGAUCUAUGGCUCAGAUAUAACACUGAAAUGGAGGAACGAGCACCAGCGUUUUCGGAGACACAUACAAUAGAUGACUUGAUAGAAUUCGCAAACUUCAAUGUGCACACACUUUAUGGCAACGAAAAGCUCAUCCUUGUUAGGCAUUUGGCAGAAGAAGCGCGCAAGGAAGUUACGGACUACUUGUUUGAGUCCAUAACUCGGACCAUGCAACAUAACCAGGCAAUACAAAGCGUGUACUCCGAUAAAGACCGUCGUGUAUUACAGGGAGCAGACAUUAUUGGGGUAACUACGACUGGUCUUGCAACGAAAAUGUCGACUUUAAAACACGUCAAAGCUAAAGUAAUUGUCUGUGAGGAAGCGGGGGAGGUUCUUGAGGCUCAUAUGCUGUCUGCACUUCUACCAAGCGUUGAACAUGUUAUCUCUAUUGGGGAUCACGAGCAGCUCCGUCCCUCAACCAACAACUACAACUUAUCUCUUGAAAGCCAAGCAGGAGCUUCAUAUAAACUAGACCGCAGUCAAUUCGAGAGGUUAUCUGUUGGUGACCCCGGACGGCUCACUCUUCCAGUGGCUCAAUUGAAUAUUCAGCGACGUAUGCGUCCUGAUAUAUCGAGAUUGAUCAAGACAAUAUAUCCAAGGUUGGUUGAUCACAAUGUGACCAAAAUACUUGCCGACGUUGUUGGAAUGCGAAAAAAUACUUACUGGCUUGACCAUACAAACUUUCAGGACAACGCAAAUGGAGAUGACGCCGACAAAAAGUCCCAUAGCAAUGUAUGGGAAGUAGAAAUGACAGCGGCACUUGUGAGGCAUAUAGUUCGGCAAGGAAUCUACAGUAGCAGUGAUAUCGCUGUUUUAACACCUUACAGUGGACAGUUGCAGAAAUUGCGGACACAUAUGGGCAAAGAAUUUGAGAUUGUUCUGUCUGAACGGGACCAAGAAGUUCUUACUAGGGAUGGUUUUACCACAUCAGAUGAAAAGCCAGACAGUCCAACGUCAACAUUUGGAGACAGAAAGCCUCUCGAGAAGAAGAACUUGAGUGAAUUUCUUCGUAUUGCCACCGUCGAUAAUUUCCAAGGUGAAGAGGCGAAGGUUGUCAUCGUUUCUUUGGUCAGAAGCAACAAGGAGAAGAAUGUUGGGUUUCUCAGAACUACCAACCGCAUUAAUGUCCUUCUAAGUCGAGCCCAACAUGGUAUGUAUCUCAUUGGUAAUUCUGAGACGUAUUCCAGCGUAGCUAUGUGGAAGCACGUUUUAGGUAUGCUACGGGAGACUAAUUCCGUCGGUAACUCAUUCGCUCUUUGUUGUCCUCGACAUCCCGAAACCGAGAUCCAAGUUUCCGAGCCAGAUGACUUUGCAAGAUGGAGCCCUGAAGGGGGUUGCAAUCUAUCUUGCAACAAACGCUUACCAGAUUGCGGGCACCAAUGUACAGCCCGUUGUCACUCGGAUAGCAUGCAUCAAGCUUUCAGAUGUCCAAAGCCCUGUGAACGCCUUCACGAGCCUUGCGGACACUCGUGCCGAAAAGUUACCUGCGGAGAAGAUUGUGGACUGUGUCAUGUCAAACUGGACAAUAUUCAGCUCCCAUGUAAUCAUUCCAAGGAUGGAGUCUCAUGUCAUUUGACACGAGAUCUAAACAACAUCCCAUGUCUAGUUAUGUUAAAAAGAAGGGUCCCCGACUGUGGUCAUAUAGUUACUGUUACAUGUUCUCAGGAUGUCAAAUCGCCGACCUUUAGCUGUCCCACGAUCUGUGGUGGGAUUUUACCGUGUGGGCACGCAUGCGGCUCGACGUGUGGCCAGUGCAAUAAAAAGGAUGGGGAAGUGAUAGUUACUGAGCAUCGACCAUGCAAAAAGCCAUGUGGCCGUGCCUUUGGAACCUGCAGUCAUAACUGCCAGCGAACCUGUCAUUUAGGAAAAGAAUGUGGAUUGUGUUCAUCCAGCUGCGAGGUUCAAUGCUCGCACUCUAAAUGUACAUUGAAGUGCUACGAAGCUUGCGCACCAUGUAUAGAGCUAUGUACAUGGUCAUGUAAGCACGAAGGUGCUUGCAAGAUGCCAUGUGCUAGUCCAUGUGAUAGAUUGCCGUGCAACAAACGUUGUUUACUACAGCUUUCUUGCGGUCACCAAUGCCCUGGGGUUUGUGGCGAGUUAUGCCCACGCGACUAUUGUCAAAUAUGCUCUACAAAACAAGACCAGCGAGUCGAUCUUCUUGAGUUGAAAUUGUUCAGAGAGAUUGACCUUGAGGAUACUCCGAUAAUCGCGCUUGCUUGUGGUCACUUCUUCACAGCAGAAUCGCUCGAUGGGGUGGUCGGCAUGUCUGAAGUCUAUCAACAGAAUAUCCAUGGAGAUUUCACAGCAAUUAAGGAAACCACCUCACUAGCAUCAUCUGUUCCUCAGUGUCCAGAUUGUCAAUGUCCGCUUCGACAAUACGCAACCCCACGAUAUAAUCGAGUGAUCAAUCGGGCUGUCAUUGAUGAAAUGUCCAAGCGAUUUCUUGUGAGUGGCCAAGUCGAACUCCGAGAACUAGAAAAAAGUACUCUUCAUUUGGAGGAGGAGUUUGAGAAUUCUGCACCUGGGUUAAUCCAGGCGGUAGAUGAUCCAUGGACAGAAAUCAAGGUAAAUGAAUUGCUUGAGAAGCGAAAUCACAAUGCGAGACAAUUAGAAAAGGCUGUGAUGAGAUUCUGCGAGAAGUUCAAGGAUAAACAUCAACCUGCUACGAAACUUCAUAAUGCUAUAGUAAUCUCAAUUAGAAAGCACCCACUUGAGAAUUUGUUGUGUGGCCUCACGAUUACGGACCAGGACAGAACAUCCCCGAGGGACCGAAGAAUUGCUUUUGCAGGCACUGGUGCAAUGCUUAGAGUCCAAUGCCUCACCCUAACCGAUGGUUUUACGAUAGCUCAUAAGCUCCGUUCACGUAAUUCCUCUAUCAAAAUAUCUGGCGGGCCUCCAGAUCAACUUUCGAAGCCCUUUUUCAAAUCUUGUCUGUCGCACAUCGAGUCGUGUCGCGACGAAAGUUUGCCAAGGCUAGCCGUAGAAGGCAUACUUUAUUUUGCAAAGAUAGCUCGCCUGUUUGAUUCAUAUACUCGCUCUGCUGCCAAUUCUGAAGCGGGAGAAAGGGAUUAUCCUUCGCCGAUAGAGAAGGCUAAAAGGUUAUUGGACGAAGCAAAGGCACUUUGUAAAGAGGGGUUUCAAAACGCUGACUCGUUACUUGCUGCUGUUGAAAAUUCAAUCAAGUAUUUAAGUAGAGAGUGGUACGAGGAAGUCACCAAAGAAGAGUUGGAUGCUAUUAAAAAUGCCAUGGUUUCUGGGAGGGGAGGAAUUGCCACACAUAGUGGUCAUUGGUAUGAGUGCAAGAAGGGACAUCCGUUUGCGAUAGGUGAAUGCGGGAUGCCAAUGGAAGAGGCUAGAUGCCCAGAGUGUGGUUCGAGAAUUGGUGGGCAAAGCCACGAUUUCAUCGAAGGUGUUGUAAGGUCGGAGAGGAUGGAGAGAUGAGGAUUCGGAUUGCGGUAAUCUGUAAUGGGCCUGGUGUGUUGAGUGUGUUUUUGAUUUGAUAUCAGGCGUUUUUUGGAUGUUCGCAGACCCUAGGGAUUUAAUGAUGUAAAUUUAAGAAUAGGGAAGAUUUUUCAACUCGCAAAAAUUUGUUCACGGGUGUAUUGUCCUCGAAGUGAUGGUUCAAUGGGACUAAAUUUGGAACGAGCGCGAAGCAAAAAGUUUUGGUGUUGAAAAGCAGUACGCAACGGGCGUCAAAAAUGAGUAGUGAAAGAUUGGAUAAAUUGAAAGUAAGGCUGGCGUGGAGACA